AUGACAGAGGGCACGGCGCCGGCCCCAGGCGAAUUUCAGCAAAUAAUGGAUGAGUGUUUGCAGGGUAUUCUAAACACCAUUGCUCACCUAGACAAUAUUUUUGUAACCGGCCGCACGGAUAAAGAACACCUUGAAAAUUUGCGCAAAGUAUGUAAACAAUUGGAGGAGCGCAGGCUGAGAUUGAAUAGAGGAAAAUGCGAUUUCAUGAAAGAGCGUAUUGAAGUCUUAGGUUAUGUGAUUGAUGCGGCCGGUCUACACAAGGCGAGAUCAAAGGUGAAAGCAAUGGUCGAAGCACCAAGACCAACAAACAGCAAACAGCUUGCCUCAUUUCUGGGACUAAUUAAUUUUUACGCGAGAUUUUUGAUGGAUAGAUCUGAAAAAUUAAAGCCUCUUUUUGACGGUGCGCACAGAAGGAAUUUUGUAUGGACCAAGGAAUGUGACGAGGCUUUUUGCUGGGUAAAAAAGGAGUUAAUCUCUCCAAGGGUACUGGCCCAUUACGAUCAAGACGAAGCAUUGGUUUUGGCUUGUGAUGCGUCAAUGUACGGACUGUCGGCGAUCUUAUCGCACAGAGCACAUAUUCGGUCCAACAAAAGGUAUACCGCUCACAGCGGCGAGCCGUUUGCAAAGGUGGGCAUACUUUUUGUCAGGGUUUCGGUACAAGAUCGAGUACAUCAAAUCGGAGUGCAAUGGAAACUGCGACGCGUUGUCGCGUUUACCGGAUGGCCAAGCAACAACAAAGACUUGUCCAGCGAGGAGCAAAAAUAUUUUGUUAAAAAGAACGAAAUCGCAAUAGAAGGGAAUUGUUUGUUUUGGGGAUGUAGGGUAAUUAUACCAGAAUCGUUACGGGACCGGCUAUUAGCUGACCUUCAUGCAUCGCACCUAGGGAUUGUGAAGAUCAAAGCCUUGGCGCGAUCGUACGUGUGGUGGCCUAAUAUUGAUCAAGACAUCGAAAAUACAGUAAAGUCAUGCGGAAUUUGCAUUAAAGAACAGAAGGCACCACCACACGCACCAUUGACGCCAUGGCCUUCGCCAGAGAAGGUGUGGGAUAGGAAACACGCAGAUUUUUUGGGCCCAUUGUUCGGGGAUAUGUAUCUAGUCGUAGUGUAUGCAUAUUCGAAGUGGCCAGAGGUUAUUAAUUUCCGAAACAACACGAAGGCGUACGGAGUAGUCGAGGUGUUCGAUGAGUUAUUCGCUAAAUACGGACUACCGAAUCUGGUGGUUACAGACAACGGCCCGCAGUUUAGAAGCGAUGAGUUAGGGCAAUUUUUUAAUAGUAACGGUGUUCAGCACAGUUUUCUCCACCUUACCACCCGGCGACCAACGGGGCUGCCGAAAAUUUCGUGGGUAUAUUUAAAGAUGAGCACGCCGCACUGCAUAACCGGGAAGUCACCUGCGUGGUUAUUCCACAAGCGAGAGCUCAGAACACGGUUUGACUUACUGAGACCGAAUGUACGUAAUAAGAUACACGAGAAGCAGCAGUCACAGGUCAACAAUAGUCCGCAUUCACGCAAUGUGCAACUGAACGUAGGUGACCCAGUCAUGGUUGACAAUCACGGUACAUCCGGCGGGAAGCGUAUCCCGGCCAAAAUUAUUAAAGAUUUGUCACCGUCCACGUUCAGAUCUUGA